CUGAGUAACAGAACAGCGCCGCUCUGCUCUUAUAACGGGACCUGAGAGCUGAUUAUUAUCAUCUGAUUUAAUUUUACAAAAAUUAUGUACUAAACAAGGUCGGGUAGUAUUUUCCAGAUGUCAGAUCGUAUAAAGAAGAGGUUUGGUUGGAAUUUACUGGAGUUUUACUUCCUUAGUGCUCUUUUAGUGUGCACCAUGCCUCGCUAGCUGUAGCUUGUGUUUACAUUAGCGAGCUCAGUCUCCACAGAGAGUUAGCAAGCUAGCAUUAGCGAGUUUAUAGUUUUGUACGGGUUUUUUCCGCUCCUUUGAAUGUAUUUCCAGUGGUAGUCGCGUAUGUCAGUAGUUUGUACUGACAGACGGUGCUCAGCUAAGUGUUGCCACUUAUUUUUGCGACAGUUAAACUUUUUGUUGUUGUUGUUGUGCUGUGUGCCGCUGUGUGCAGUAUGGGGAUGUGUCUGCCCUGCCUGGGUGGAGCUGCUGGCGACGUCGUAGUGACCCCAGAUCCUGAAACAAAAAGGCGACAGCUGGCAGAAGCUGCAGAGAAGCGACAGAAAGAGAUCACACACAGAGGCAUCAAGAACCCGGAAGCAGUGGAAAGGAAAAAGAAAAAACAAGAAGAGAUGGAAAAGCAGGCAAUGAACACAUCGCCAUCGGGAGGCGGUGGACUUAGGUGGCAGGUGGGCUAGAAAAAGAUGAAGAGAAGGCAUCUGGUGUCAAAUCGGCUCAACCCACAUGAGCAGUGUUAAUCAUUCAAAUGAGAAGGGUGUUGUGUGUGGUUUUUUUUUUUUUUUUUUCCCCCCACUUUCUCCGCUCUCUUCUUUUAAUCUAUGCUUUUUGGAUUGGUGUUUGUAGCAUAUAGACAUUUUGCCAAGCUUCCUGCAAAGGAAACCUGAUAGGAUGGAGCUCUUUGGAGGUCACGCGUCCUUUAUCAUGCCGAGACGUGGUGUGCCAACCACCGGAACUCUGACAUAACCAAAGCAGCAAUGUGUCUUUUUAUACACUUGUUUAUGUAUCACUACUGAGUAGCAUGGCAAGUUCACGCAUCAUCCAAUAGGGUACUAAUGAAGAAGGAUCUUUUUAUUUUUCCAAGAGUAUAAGUGGUUGAGAUGAACAUAACACUAAUGCACAUUUCUAUCACGUUAUCACGGAUUGAUGUAAGAUGUUUGGCACGUUCUGUUCACCACACUCCUAUAUUUUAUGAUUAAUUUAUACUCUGCUGUGUUUUGGUUGGAGGACUGUAGUGCAAUAUAAAUUAUUUGUUCUGUCAGGAUUGUGUAGAAGAAUGAAUACUGAUUUGGUAUUUACCGUUACCCAUCUACAGAACAAUAAUAAUAAUGAAUGUUCUUCUGUUCUAAUGGUAAAUGAAGGUCACUGAUGGGUUAUUCUUGUGUUAUGUUGAUUUUUACUCUGAUGUAGAGCAGCAUAUUAUGACCCAACAGCCAUAAGUGUCCGUUCCCGAGUGUGUGCAAUGAGGCAGUGUCAUAGUUUAGCUUGCUCAGCUAUAGUGCUCCUCUCUUGUGUAAUGGCUUUACUGUAUCACUGAAAUCCAGGUACAGAACUGAGCUGUAGAUUUUAUAUUAGCAUGUCUGUUUUGUUUUUUUUUAAAGAAAGGCUUAUAAAAUAUCUUUACUACUAAAGCUCCUAGUACUAAAUGUGCUUGCCAAUUUUCCCCAAGCCUUGAAAUUCUGACCCUCAGCAUCUGAAGGGUAUAAGGCCGCUGUGUUUAGUUUAAUGGGCUUGAAUAAAUUCCUAAUCUAAAUUUCA